AAGGAGAAACUACAUGCGGAGCUGAAACAGGUGUUGAGUCAGAAAAGAAGUAAUCUAAGAGAGUCGACCUGCCGACUGGCCCGAUCAGAGAUGGAUUCAGAGCCAGCAGAAGAACAGACAUGCACAGAGGAAGUCUCCAAGUCUGUGGAAGUGGUGGUGGAGACGGAGGCUGAGGCUGGAGCCAGCGGCUACAGCGUGACAGGCGGAGGGCAGCAUGGGAUCUUUGUCAAAGACGUCCUCAAAGACUCGCCGGCUGCCAAACACCUGAGUCUGCAGCAAGGUGAUCAGCUGCUGAGUGCCAAGGUCUACUUUGACAACGUGCGGUAUGAGGACGCUCUUAAGAUCCUUCAGUGUGCAGAGCCCUAUAAAGUCAGCUUCCAGGUGAAGAGGACUGUUCCUAAAGCCGAAGUUAGCGUCCGGCCAAAAGUUCCCAGUGGGGAGCUCAAAGGUCCCAAAGCCAAACUGCCUAAAAUGAGUGUGAAAGGCAUGAAAUCGUUCAAGACCCAGAAAAAAAGAGGCGGACGUUUUGGUCUGAAGAGGCUGAAAGAGAAGCGCAGGGAGGAGCUGGUGAUAGAGGGAACACCUCCACGGCUCGAGGCAGGUGACGGUGACGUUGACGUGGAGUUUUCACUUCCUAAAUUAAAACACAGGAAGAGCGCAACGAGUGACGUAGAAGUCAGAGGAACAGGAAACGUGGGAAAGACAAAAAGUCAUAUCAGGUUCCCCCAUAUGAAAACCAAGGAAUACAGUGCAGCAGCGGGACAACUGGAAUUUGAGGGACAUGAAAACGUCCCUCCGACUGAAAUACCUGGGGCUAAAGUGAAAACCAAAGGAAAGGGACACAAGUUUGGAAUCGUAUUUCCCAAGACUAAAAAUGCAAAGUCGGGUCCUGGAUCGCUGGACGUGAGGCCUCCUGAAAUAAGCCUCCAGCCACCUUCAGUGGAGGUCAGUUUGUCUGGAAAAGAGGACAAAAAUGUGGCGAAGAGAGGCUCAAAGUUUAACCCCCCUGAUGUGGAGUUUGCACUCCCCUCAGGAAAAGUGGAGGCAUCUUUGCCAACUGUAAGGGGAACCACAGAGAUCAAGGCACCUAAAGUAGACGUCAGAGGAGCGGCUGAUGUACCUCAAGGGAAGGUUAAUGUAGAUGUGGGGAAGGAAGACGCUAAACUCAGAUUGCCGAAGUUGAAACUACCCAAGAUUAGACUCUCACGCCAUUCGGAUGAGAUUGAUGGAGACAUCAAGGUGAAAGCCAAGGGAAUGGAAAUGCCUCAUCCUGAUAUUAAUUCUCCAACGGCAGAACUUAGAGGUGGUGGAGAAAUUCGUCUUCCUGGAGUGGAAGUCACCAAACCAAAUAUUAAAGGUGACAUAUCUGGAAAAGCUGCCUCAGUUCAAAUGCCUUCUGUUGAUAUUUCUUUGCCAAAUGUAAAGGGGAAGUCUGAUGCAAGUUAUUCACUCCAAGGGCUUGAAGGAGCAGGGAAGUCAGAAAUCAACAUGCCUGCCGUCAAUAUUUCUGUACCCGAUGCUGUUCUGCCAUCUGAUUCAGGACGGAGAAUUCCAGAUGAGGUGGAAGGCACUGUUAAAGGACCCAAAAUCUCAGUGCCAAGGGUUGAUAUCUCCUUACCAAAGACGGGGGCUCCUGGUGUAGAUAUUGAAGGACUAGGAGGUGGAGGAAAGUUCAACCCACCUUCUGUUGGCCUCUCUUCCCCCAAGAUCAAAUCAGAUGGUGUAGAUGUGCAUAUGGACCAUUAUGUAGGUGGUGAUGGAAAGUUCAAGUUGCCUGAUUUUGACGUAACGCUCCCUAAAAUGAAGUCACCAGAGGAAGAUGUCGAGGUGGGUUAUAAAUUGCCCAAAAUGGAUCUAACUCUUCCAAAAAGCAAUGUGGUAGCAACAGACAAAGAGGGAAAGGGAGCAUUUCAGUUACCAUCUGUUGAUGUUUCCCUUCCUAAAUUGAAGGCUGGCCAAGUGGAAGUUGAUGCCGAAGGACAAACAGCAAAAGGUGGCAAAUUUGAAAUGUCUGUCAAGCCAUUGCCUAAAGGAAAAAUGGAGGGAGACAUUGACGUAAAAGGAUGUGUUGAGGGAGACAAAUUCAAAAUGCCUUCGAUUGAUGUGUCUCUGCCAAAGCUUGGGCCAGAAGGUCACAUAAAAGUCCCUAAGCUUGAGGUUGAAAGUGACAUUCCUGUGCCUUCUGUAAAUAUAUCUAUGCCGAAAGGAAAGGCAGACGGUGAUGUUGAAAUAGGACAUCUGGAGGCAAAGGGAGGAAAGUUCAAAGUGCCUUCCGUCAACAUCAAACUCCCCAAGAUGGAAUCAGCUGGAGCUAAGGCAGACAUUCAGGGACCUGAGAUUAAAGGACAGAAAAAGAAGGCGCCAUCAGCACCCAAAGGUGAGCUCGACAUUGAGGGAAGAGGUAAGGGAGGCAAAUUCAGCAUGCCCUCUGUAAACAUUUCUCUCCCAAAAACAAAGCUUCCUGAAGGAGAUGUGAAAGUAGAAGCUCCUGAACUUCCAAAUAUCGACCUCUCUGUUCCAACAUCAAGUAAAGAAGCCAAUGUGGAGCUUGAGGCAAAUGCUGGUGCCAAAUUUAAGAUGCCAAAUUUUGACAUCUCAUUCCCUAAGGGGCAAGCUCAAGUGAAAGGAGGGGAUAUUAAAGAACCUACAGUUAAAGAAGGAGCAAAAUUCAACAUGCCAUCUCUUGAUAUUUCUCUCCCUACAAUAAAAUCACCUGAGAAGGGGACUGAUAUCAGCUUUGAAGGUCCUGAAAUUAAUAUCAAAUCACCUAAGGCUAACUUAGAAUUAAAAGGAACUGAGAUCAAAGAAGGGAAACUGAACUUGCCAACAAAAGAUGUUUCUCUUCCAAAGGAAAAGGCAGAUGUGAAGAUAAAUGUUGAAGGGAAAGGAGGCAAGUUAAAGAUGCCUUCAUUUGAUAUGUCCCUUCCUAAGGUAAAGAUGCCUGAAGAAAGCAUUGAGAUUGAAGGACAACCUGUUGACAUUUCUCUUCCAAAAGGAAAAUUAGAUGUGGAUAUUGGUGCUAAAAGUAAAGGAGGCCACUUUCAUUUGCCCUCAGUUGAUGUUUCUCUCCCUAAAAUAAAAUCAAAGCGAGGUAAUAUCAACAUUGAAGGGCCUGAACUUAAAAGCGGAGAAGUAAAAGCACCAACUAUUGACAUCUCUACGCCACAAGGAACAAUUGAAGGUGACAUUGCUUUCGAUGAUGAAGAAAAAGGGGUUGGAUUUGAUGUACCAUCUGUAGACAUCGACUUAUCAAGUGUUAAAAUCCCAGACAGAGACGUGAACCUUCAAGGUCCAAAAGUCAAGGGCGACAAGUUUGAAAUGCCCAGAAUUGACCUCUCAUUGCCUAAAGGAAAAAAACAUGGAAACAUUAAUAUUGACAUCCACUCUGGAAUAGAUGGGAACAUUGAAAUAUCUUCUCUUGAUACUAAACUUCCCAAAGGCCAAGGCAAAUCUGGUAUAAAUGUGAAAGGUCCCGGGGGAAAGGUAGGAAAACACAAAAAGCCCAAAUUUAACAUUUCUGCUCCAAAACUAGAUGCACCAGAAGUUGACGUCAAGGUGCACGGACCAGAAGUUAAAGGAAAGAUCGAAAUGCCAGCUGUUGAUAUUUCACCUCCUAAAGGAAGAUUAGAGGGAGAUCUUGACAUCGACAGUCAUGGAGCUAAAGGAGACAAAUUUCACAUGCCUUCUCUAAACAUUAACCUUCCAAAGAUAAAAUCUAAGGAAGCAAGUGUUGAUGUUAAAGGGCAUGAAGGUCAAGGACAAACAUUUGGCUUGCCAUCAAUGGAUAUUUCUGCACCCAAAAUAAAAUCUCCGGAGGUAGAUGUCCGCCUCGAGGGUCCAGAUGUUGACAUUUCCCUUCCAAAUCCUAAAGCUGAUGUUGAAAUGAAUGUUAAAAACCCUGAAAUUGAAGGGGGAAAGACAAAAAUGCCAACAUUUAACAUUUCAAUGCCAAAGGUAAACUUUCCUCAGAGUGAAGUAAAAUUAAAGGGACCUGACGUCAAGGGAAAGAAGAUUGAGAUGCCGGACAUUGAUAUUUCACUACCGAAAGGAAAAUCAGACGGUGAAAUUGAUGGGCAUGGCUGGAAAGGUGGAAAGUUUCACAUGCCCUCUGUUGAUUUCUCUCUACCAAAAAUAAAGGCAAAAGGACCAGAGGUCAACAUAGAAGGGCCUGAACUUAAACAAGGAAACAUCAACAUGCCUGAUGUUGAUAUUUCACUUCAAAAUAGAAACGUUGAUGUUGACUUCAAUGCUGAAAGUACUGAAAUAAAAGGAGGAAAAUUCAAAAUGCCCAAAUUUGAUAUUUCCCUUCCAAAGACAAACCUAACUGGGGGCCAUGUUGAUGCACCAAAUGUUAACAUUUCUCUACCAAAAGUAAAAGGAGAUGUUGAUGUUGAUGGCUGCAUGGACAAAGAGGGCAAGUUUCAGCUGCCCUCUGUUGAUGUUUCUCUCCCUAAAAUAGAAGCAAAAGGAGCUGAUAUUCAUAUUAAAGGUCCAGAACUAAAAAGUGACAUUGCGCAACCGAAAGGAAAAGUUGAGGGGGAUUUAAGUUUUGAAGGCCCUCACUUAAAAGGACAAACAAUUAACUUGCCAACUGGGGACAUCUCAUUUUCCAAAGGAACAACUGAUGCUGACUUUGAUGUUGAUGGCAAGUUUAAAAUGCCAAAAUUUGAUCUCUCCUUGCCCAAAGUAAGUCUUCCAAAGGGUGAAACAAAAGACCUAAGCAUUAAGGGAGGGAAGAUUGAGAUGCCAGACAUUGACAUAUCAAUCCCAAAAGGAAAAGGGGAAAUUGAAACUGGAGGCCAUGCCAGUAAAGGAAGCAAGUUCCAAAUGCCCUCAGUUGACAUUUCUCUUCCUAAAAUCAAAGGUAAAGGACCAGACCUGAGAGUUGAAAUUCCUGAGGUUCAAGGUGGAAAGGAGAAUAUAACUUUGCUUGACGUUUCUCGGCCUAAUUUAAAGUCACCUGAGUUAGAUGUCAGUCUUGAGGGUCCGGAUAUGAAUGUUGAUGUCUUGCCACAAUCACUUAAAGCUGAGGGCGACAUCAGUGCAGAAGGAAUGGAAGGAGGAAAAUUCAAGAUGCCAAAGUUUGACAUUUCGUUACCAAAGAUAAGCCUCCCAAAAGUUGAUAGCAACGUUGAAGGACCAGGGAUAAAAGGAAAGGCUAAAAUUAGUGUGGGUGACGUUUCAGUUCCAAAACCUAAGGGACCAGAGAUAAAUGUUGGGGGUCCUAAAACCAAAGGAGGAAAAAUCCAAAUGCCAGCUGAUGUUGAUAUUCAUGGGCCUAACAUAAAGGGUGAUGUGUCAUUACCUAAAAUCAAGUCUUCACACAUAGAAACCACCAUCAAGGGCCCUGAGAUUGAAGGGGGAAAGGUUGACCUACAAAACAUGGAUGUUUCACUUCCGAAAGGUAAAGUAGAGGCGUAUGUCAGUGCUGAAGGGACUGAAGUGAAAGGGGGGAAAUUCAAGAUGCCAAAAUUUGAUGUUUCUCUCCCAAAGAUUAAUCUCCCAAAGGUUGAUGUCAAUGUCGAAGGACCUGAUAUGAAAGGGAAAAUUGAGAAGCCGACCACUGAUAUUUCACCACCAAAAGGAAAGGCAACUAUAGACAUAAAUGCUGAAACUGGUAAAGGAAGCAAAUUUCAUAUGCCUACAGUGGAUUUUUCUCUUCCAAAUGUUAAAACAAAGGAAGCUCAGAUAGGAAUUCAAAGACCUGACAUCAAGGGUGAUUUGUCCCUACCUAAAGUAAAGGGUCCAGCAAUAGAUAUCAGCCUUAGAGGCCCUGAGGUUGAAGGAGGAAAAAUUGAUCAACCAAAUCUAGACAUCUCAUAUCCCAAAGGAAAACUUGAAGCGGGUGCUGAAGUUGAGGGCAACGAGGUGAAGGGUGGUAAAUUUAAAAUGCCAAAAACUGACCUGUCUUUACCUAUGGGUGGUCUCCCAGAGGCUGAUUUGAAGGUAAAGGGCCCAGAGUUCAAAACAGGGAAAAUUGAGUUGCCAGACAUUGAUUUUUCACUUCCCAAAGGAAAAGUAGAGGGACACAUUGCAACUGAAGGACAUGCUGGGAAAGGAGGCAGAUUCCACUUGCCAAACAUUGACAUUUCUCUUCCUAAAUUGAAAGCCAAGGGAACUGACAUAAAUAUUGAAGGUCCAGAACUCAAGGGUGAAAAGAUUAAAGCUGAGGGACCUGAUGUAAAUGUAGAAGGUCCUGAAAUCAAAGGAGGGAAGCUCAAAAUGCCUGAUGUUGAUAUUUCCCUCACUAAAGGAAAGGUUGAUGGAGACUUUAAUGUAGAAGCCCCUAAGAUGAAGGGUGGGAAGUUUAAGUUACCAAAGUUUGACGUUUCCUUACCAAAGGUUAGUCUCCCAAAGGCUGAUGCCAGCAUUGAAGGGCCAGAAAUGAAAGGAAAAGUAGAAAUACCAGCACCUGAAGUUUCACUUCCAAAAGCAAAGACAGAUGUGGAAAUUGAUGUCAAUACUGGUACAAGCGGCAAGUUUAAAAUGCCUUCAAUUGACAUUAAUCUUCCUAAAAUUAAAGCUGAGGGACCUGAUGUAAAUGUAGAAGGUCCUGAAAUCAAAGGAGGAAGUAUCGAAAUGCCUGAUGUUGAUGUUUCCCUCCCUAAAGGAAAUGUUGGUGGAGACUUUAAUGUUAAGGGCCCUGAGAUGAAGGGUGGAAAGUUUAAGUUACCAAAGUUUGACGUUUCCUUACCAAAGGUUAGUCUCCCAAAGGCUGAUGCCAGCAUUGAAGGGCCAGAAAUGAAAGGAAAAGUAGAAAUACCAGCACCUGAAGUUUCACUUCCAAAAGCAAAGGCAGAUGUGGAAAUUGAUGUCAAUACUGGUACAAGCGGCAAGUUUAAAAUGCCUUCAAUUGACAUUAAUCUUGCUAAAAUAAAAGCUGAGGGACCUGAUGUAAAUGUAGAAGGUCCUGAAAUCAAAGGAGGGAAGCUCAAAAUGCCUGAUGUUGAUGUUUCCCUCCCUAAAGGAAAUGUUGAUGGAGACUUUAAUGUUAAGGGCCCUGAGAUGAAGGGUGGGAAGUUUAAGUUACCAAAGUUUGACGUUUCCUUACCAAAGGUUAGUCUCCCAAAGGCUGAUGCCAGCAUUGAAGGGCCAGAAAUGAAAGGAAAAGUGGAAAUACCAGCACCUGAAGUUUUACUUCCAAAAGCAAAGACAGAUGUGGAAAUUGAUGUCAACACUGGUACAAGCGGCAAGUUUAAAAUGCCUUCAAUUGACAUUAAUCUUGCUAAAAUAAAAGCUGAGGGACCUGAUGUAAAUGUAGAAGGACCUGAAAUCAAAGGAGGGAAGCUCAAAAUGCCUGAUGUUGAUGUUUCCCUCCCUAAAGGAAAUGUUGAUGGAGACUUUAAUGUUAAGGGCCCUGAGAUGAAGGGUGGAAAGUUUAAGUUACCAAAGUUUGACGUUUCCUUACCAAAGGUUAGUCUCCCAAAGGCUGAUGCCAGCAUUGAAGGGCCAGACCUGAAAGGAAAAGUAGAAAUACCAGCUGCCGAAGUUUCACUUCCAAAAGCAAAGACAAAUGUGGAAAUUGAUGUCAAUACUGGUACAAGCGGCAAGUUUAAAAUGCCUUCAAUUGACAUUAAUCUUCCUAAAAUUAAAGCUGAGGGACCUGAUGUAAAUGUAGAAGGACCUGAAAUCAAAGGAGGGAAGCUCAAAAUGCCUGAUGUUGAUGUUUCCCUCCCUAAAGGAAAUGUUGGUGGAGACUUUAAUGUUAAGGGCCCUGAGAUGAAGGGUGGGAAGUUUAAGUUACCAAAAUUUGACGUUUCCUUACCAAAGGUUAGUCUCCCAAAGGCUGAUGCCAGCAUUGAAGGGCCAGAAAUGAAAGGAAAAGUAGAAAUACCAGCACCUGAAGUUUCACUUCCAAAAGCAAAGGCAGAUGUGGAAAUUGAUGUCAAUACUGGUACAAGCGGCAAGUUUAAAAUGCCUUCAAUUGACAUUAAUCUUGCUAAAAUAAAAGCUGAGGGACCUGAUGUAAAUGUAGAAGGUCCUGAAAUCAAAGGAGGGAAGCUCAAAAUGCCUGAUGUUGAUGUUUCCCUCCCUAAAGGAAAUGUUGAUGGAGACUUUAAUGUUAAGGGCCCUGAGAUGAAGGGUGGGAAGUUUAAGUUACCAAAGUUUGACGUUUCCUUACCAAAGGUUAGUCUCCCAAAGGCUGAUGCCAGCAUUGAAGGGCCAGACCUGAAAGGAAAAGUAGAAAUACCAGCUGCCGAAGUUUCACUUCCAAAAGCAAAGACAAAUGUGGAAAUUGAUGUCAAUACUGGUACAAGCGGCAAGUUUAAAAUGCCUUCAAUUGACAUUAAUCUUCCUAAAAUUAAAGCUGAGGGACCUGAUGUAAAUGUAGAAGGACCUGAAAUCAAAGGAGGGAAGCUCAAAAUGCCUGAUGUUGAUGUUUCCCUCCCUAAAGGAAAUGUUGAUGGAGACUUUAAUGUAGAAGCCCCUAAGAUGAAGGGUGGGAAGUUUAAGUUACCAAAAUUUGACGUUUCCUUACCAAAGGUUAGUCUCCCAAAGGCUGAUGCCAGCAUUGAAGGGCCAGACCUGAAAGGAAAAGUAGAAAUACCAGCACCUGAAGUUUCACUUCCAAAAGCAAAGACAGAUGUGGAAAUUGAUGUCAAUACUGGUACAAGCGGCAAGUUUAAAAUGCCUUCAAUUGACAUUAAUCUUCCUAAAAUAAAAGCUGAGGGACCUGAUGUAAAUGUAGAAGGUCCUGAAAUCAAAGGAGGAAGUAUCGAAAUGCCUGAUGUUGAUGUUUCCCUCCCUAAAGGAAAUGUUGGUGGAGACUUUAAUGUUAAGGGCCCUGAGAUGAAGGGUGGAAAGUUUAAGUUACCAAAGUUUGACGUUUCCUUACCAAAGGUUAGUCUCCCAAAGGCUGAUGCCAGCAUUGAAGGGCCAGAAAUGAAAGGAAAAGUGGAAAUACCAGCUGCCGAAGUUUCACUUCCAAAAGCAAAGACAGAUGUGGAAAUUGAUGUCAAUACUGGUACAAGCGGCAAGUUUAAAAUGCCUUCAAUUGACAUUAAUCUUCCUAAAAUUAAAGCUGAGGGACCUGAUGUAAAUGUAGAAGGACCUGAAAUCAAAGGAGGGAAGCUCAAAAUGCCUGAUGUUGAUGUUUCCCUCCCUAAAGGGAAUGUUGAUGGAGACUUUAAUGUAGAAGCCCCUAAGAUGAAGGGUGGGAAGUUUAAGUUACCAAAAUUUGACGUUUCCUUACCAAAGGUUAGUCUCCCAAAGGCUGAUGCCAGCAUUGAAGGGCCAGACCUGAAAGGAAAAGUAGAAAUACCAGCACCUGAAGUUUCACUUCCAAAAGCAAAGGCAGAUGUGGAAAUUGAUGUCAAUACUGGUACAAGCGGCAAGUUUAAAAUGCCUUCAAUUGACAUUAAUCUUCCUAAAAUAAAAGCUGAGGGACCUGAUGUAAAUGUAGAAGGUCCUGAAAUCAAAGGAGGAAGGAUCGAAAUGCCUGAUGUUGAUGUUUCCCUCCCUAAAGGAAAUGUUGGUGGAGACUUUAAUGUUAAGGGCCCUGAGAUGAAGGGUGGAAAGUUUAAGUUACCAAAGUUUGACGUUUCCUUACCAAAGGUUAGUCUCCCAAAGGCUGAUGCCAGCAUUGAAGGGCCAGACCUGAAAGGAAAAGUAGAAAUACCAGCUGCCGAAAUUUCACUUCCAAAAGCAAAGGCAGAUGUGGAAAUUGAUGUCAAUACUGGUACAAGCGGCAAGUUUCACAUGCCCUCGGUUGACAUCUCCCUUCCUAAAAUCAAAGCAAAGGGAGAUGUCGGUAUUCAAGGGCCUAAAAUCAAGGGUGAUUUCUCACUUCCUAACAUCAAGUCACCAGAGGCAGAUGUCAGUCUGAAAAGCCCUGAGGUUGAAGGAGGAAAAAUUAACCUCCCAGGUGUUGAUCUUUCACUCCCCAAAGGAAAGGUUGAUGUUAACUAUGAGUCUGAGGAUUUUGAGGGUGAGAAGGGUAACUUUAAAAUGCCAAAGAUUGAUGUGUCCUUACCAAAAGUGAGUCUUCCAGAAGGAAAUGUUAAAGUUAAAGGGCCAGACAUCAAGGCAGGAAACAUAGAGUUGCCAGACAUUGAUUUAUCACUUCCAAAACCAAACGUUGAGGGAGAUAUUGACAUCAAAGGACAGAUUAAGAAAGGAGGCAAAUUUCAUAUGCCCUCCAUACAUCUUCCUGACAUGAAAGCAAAAGAACUACAAGCAAAUAUAAAAAGUACUGAAGCUGAUGUCGAUAUCAAUGGUCCACAUGUAAAAGGAGGAAAAGGUGGAAAGUUUCACAUGCCAACUUUGGACGUAAAUAUGCCAAGGUUUGAUCUAGACCUUAGUCUUCCAUCUGUUUCAAAAGACAAAGGUCUUAAAGUAGAAGUCAGUGGACCGGAUGCAUCUGGGGAUUUGGAGAUGUUGGGCCUCCAAGGGGAUAUCAAACCAGACCAACUGAAAGUAAAGACAGGAGAUUUAGAAGGCCCAGGUGCAUCACUCAAACUACCCUCAGUCAAACUACCAACAGUUGACAUAUCAGCCCCAAAACUAGAUCUUGACUUUGGCCUUAACAAGCCUCAAAGUGAUGAUGUUGAGCUUUUGAAAGCAGAGGGAGGAAGACCUUCCUCAGGGGGCAGCUUUGAUUUGCCCAACGUCUCCCUCAAAGCGCCAAGUUUCACUUUCCCCAGAUUUGGCUCAAAGUCAAAGAGCGGUGAUUUGGAGGCAUCAGGACUCCAGGCAGACAUUUCCCUCCAUCCACCAAAUGUGGAAGGGGAGAUUAGAGCGCCAUCAGUAGAAUUUGAUGGAGAUGGAAAAGUCAAAAUGAAGAAACACAAAAUAAAAAUGCCUUCAUUUGGAAUAUCGAAAAAGGACACAGAUGUAUCAGUGUCUUGUCCUGAUGUUGACGUUAAAAUGAAAAAAGGAAAACCUGACUUUCCUCACUUGGAUUUCACGACAGACAACCCAGACAAUAAGGCAAAGCAUAAAAUCAAGUUCCCCAAGUUCAAAAUGUCAUCUCCAAAGGUUCACCUUCCAGAGGGAGAGGUUGAUGCUAAAGUGGAAGCAGACAUGGAUAGAAAGAGUGGCUUUCAUGCUCCCGAUGUCACUCUCAAGUUUCCAAAGUUCUCAAUCCCAGGAUUUGGCUCCAAAGAAAAAGAUUUAAGUAAACCAAGUGGUGAACUACAACUACAGCCCAAAGUCAAGGUGCCUUCUGUUGAGCUAUCGCUCCCAGAAGCUAAAACGCCAGAAAUGGAGGUUCUUCUCCCUAAAGCAGAAGUUGAUGUUUCGGAAGCUGAUAUCAAAGGUUAUGAAGGAAACCUUAAAAUUCCCAAAAUGCCUAAAAUUGAUGUUUCUAUACCCCAAGUAGACCUAGAUGUGUCACUGCCAAAGGGCAAAUGCCAAAAGAUUGGAAGACCUGAUAUGGAACUUGAAGGGGGUGAAGGGAAAUUUAAAAUGCCUCAAAUAACGAUGCCAACAGUAGAUGUGGCCCUUCCAAAAGGGAAACCUAAAGAUCUCACUAAACCUAAAACUGAAAUAGAUGCUGAUGGAGGCAAGUUUACAAUACCAUACGUCAAAAUGCCCACUGUUGAUAUAACUCUACCAAAGCCUGAUAUUUCACUGUCAAAAGCAGAAGCCCCUGAAAUAAAAAUAGAGGGGACUACAGAGCAAAAGUUUAAAAUGCCCAGGGUUGAUAUCUCUCUUCCAAAGGGUAUAUUCCAAGACAAUGAAACACCUGAAAUGAAUGAAAGAGGAAAAAUCAAAAUGCCACACAUAAAGAUGCCAUCUGUUGAUGUCACUCUACCCAAGGGACAGAUUGAAGGUCCAGACGUAGAGAUCAGAGGUGAAGGGGGGAAAUUCAAGAUGCCACAAGUCAGCAUGCCCUCUGUUGAUAUUUCAUGUUCUAAAGGGAAAGCUGAAGGUCCAAAUGUUCAGGUAGAGGGCAAUUAUGGAGACAAAUUCAAGUUACCUCAUUGUAAAAUGCCAGAUGUUGAUGUUUCUUUGCCCAAGGGACAGACUGAAGCUCCAGGUGUAGAGAUCAAAGGAGAAAAGGGAACAUAUAAGAUGCCACAGAUCAGUAUGCCAUCUGUUCAAAUAUCCCUACCCAAAGGAAAGGCUGAAGAUUUAGAUAUUGAAGGCAAUGGAGGAGAGAGAUUCAAAGCACCAUACAUAAAAAUGCCUUCAGUUGACGCAUCAAUACCUAAAGUGAAAACUAAUGAUUCAGACGCUGGAAUCACGGGGAAUGUGGGAGGAAAAUUCAAAAUGCCUCAUGUUAAAGUGCCAAAUGUGGAAUUUGCUGUCCUCAAAGGGAAAGAAAAUCCAGAUGUGGAGAUUAAGGGCGAAGGUGGAAAGUUUAAGAUGCCACACAUUAGUAUGCCUUCAGGUGAUGGAUCAUUAACCAAAGUACAAUUUGAAAGUCCUGAGAUUGAGACAGGAGGAGGAACAGAAGGCAAAGUAAAUAUGCCUCACCUGAAAAUGCCAAAUGUUGACAUCUCUCUAGCCAAAGGUAAUGCUGGCAAAAUUGAAGGAACAGUGUUUAAAGGAGAGGGACACAUACCAGAAGUACCAUCAGGAGACAUUUCUGUGCAAAAAGGUAAAACUGCAGGUCCCAUUCCUGGGAUUAAGAGUGAAGGAGGAAAGUUCAAGAUGCCAAAAGUUGAUAUUACUCUUCCCAGAGGAAAACCUUCUGUGGAAACUCCAGAGGUGGACAUAAAGAAAGAAGGACUGCUUGAGAUGCCUAAAGCAAGUACUGACAAACCAAUUAAGGGGCCAAGAGAAGACAUAGACGUGGACAUAGGAUUUCAAAGGGAAGAGGGUAUGAUGAACAAGAAAAAGGUUGUAUUACCAGACUUGGAUCUGAACACAUCAGGAACUGAGACUAAAGUUAAGAGGGGCAAAGGCAAAGGAAAGAAAUUCAAGAUUGGAGUACCAAAAAUGAAAGGUGCUGAAGAUGUAACAGCAGAAGCAAAACAAUGUGGAGAUAUUAACGUUAAACACAAUGAUCAUUCAACUGGCAAAGGUCACAUUAACGUCACAGCUCCAGAGGUGACGUUACCAAGCGUUUGUCUCAAAACAGACGCAGGUAGCAAAGGAGGCCAGUCACCCUCCAGUUAUGAAAUCAAAGUUCCUAGAAUACCAGAUAUAGAGUUUGAUAUUGGUACAUCACAAGAUGAAGACGAUGACAAAACAGAAACCGAGAAGAAAGUCAAGAUCCCUAAAUUUGGCGUCCCAUUACCAUCUAUGUCUUCUCCUGAGAGAAGGGUGGAUAUUUAUGGAUCAGAAGUUCGGUAUGAGGGCCCUAAAAUGCCCAAAGUAAAGAAAGCUGUAUUUGUCUUGGUGAAUCCGAAUGAAACAGAGCAGGUAGCUGCAAACACUGCCCUUCAAAAAAAGGAGACAACAGCUGGAAAUGAGACAGAAGAUGUUAAAGUAAAGAUGGGCAAAGUCAAGACAAAGUCAAACUUUGGGAAGUCUAAAGAUAAAUCGACUGAAGGAGAAGCAGAGGAAGAGGAAAAGUCAAAGGGUGCAAAGAUUAAAAUGCCCAAAUUUUCACUUUCGUCUGGCAAAUCGGGCUCUGUUGAUGUUACUGUGAAGGGAGACGGUUCAAGUUCAAGUCUCAAUGGAGAAAAAGAUGCAACUCCUCACAAGGACUCCAAGGAUGAUAAAGGGACAUUCGGGGGUAAAAUUAAACUUCCAAAGGUGGAGUUUACUCGUCCGUACAGCAAGAUGGCAACAGGGGAUAAAAUGGGAAAGGAUUCAUCAUCAGGAGAAGUAAAGGGAGAUGUCCAAGGACUUGAAACUCCAGACAAAAUGACGUCAACGGAAGUGGUGUCAUCUCGAGCCAGAACAGAGAUGUUGGACCGGGACAGUUCAGAGUCUCCUGCUGGUUUCGGCACAGAUUUUACAUCAACAAAGGUUCAUAUGUGGAGCGAGGGGGGCAGAGGUGGUGAGGCAGAAGAAAAGGAGUCUACCUCCUGGUUCAAGGUCCCCAAGUUCACACUGAAACCUCACACCACAGACAAAGUUUCUUUUCAAUCCUGAUUUCUUCACAUAUCCUUCCUUGCUUCUCUUUGUUUCCUCUCCAUCUCGCAUCUGUUCCUGUUUAUUGCUCCCGACAGGCUUCCUCCAGAUAACCCCCGA